CAGCGUCACCUUUCGCAUACAGUUGCGGUCGUGACGUCACAGUCCCGCGAGAUGCGAUUUGUGACGCUUAGGUGAGCGGCCGGCUGAAGCCGAGUAGCUGGACAUUCAAAUGGCGUUGCGGGACAUUUAAACAGCAAUUCGGGAGUGCGGGCUGUGUUGAGAAGAGCGGGACAGUUGGGCGGUGAAGUAGAAAUGAAGGUACAUAUGCACACAAAAUUCUGCCUCAUUUGUUUAUUGACCUUCGUAUUCCAUCACUGCAACCAUUGCCAUGAAGAUGUUCAGGAUGACCUUUCCGAUAAAGGCCACGUUCAUAGCCACAGUGACUACCAGAUCUCAGAGCAGCCUUAUCUUAAGGAUGGUGCCCUAGAGUUAUCGACUGACCAGUACACAGCACCAGAUGCUGAGCAUGAGCAAAAGUACUACAUUGAAAAACUUUUCUUUCAUUAUGGGGACAAUGGAAGGCUGUCUUUUAAAGGGCUGGAGGAGCUCUUGGAGAAUUUAGGUCUUGGAGAGGUUAAAGUUGUUGAAAUUGUUCACGAAGAUAUUGGUCAUGAUCAUGUUUCCCAUCUGGACAUUUUAGAUUUACAAGAAAAAAAGCAUACUCACUUGCAUGAUACGUUGCAUUCCCAUGCUCACAGUGAUGCAGAUAAUGAAACCAAGAGUACAGAUUCCAUAAGAGAUGCUCAUACAUGUGAAGAAAGAAAAGCAGAAUCCCAUAUACAUAAGAAAUCACACGGUACCACUGAGCACCAUCAUCACCAUCAUAGGCAUAAUGGGACACACCAUUCUCAUAACAUUUCCAGUUCACACAACCAUUCAGUAAGUGGUGUAGAAUAUAAAGGACACAGUAAAGACCUGCAAAUUGGUUUAAACUCCACUCGUGAUAGCACUGAAAGAAUGGCACACAAACACAAGGGAAAACAGAAAAGAAAGAAACAUGGUGAGACAACUGCAGGUUCUGUAUCAGAGGUUGUAUUUCAUCAUGAACACGACGAAACACAUGAGCAUAACCAUGUUCACAAAUCAGACACCACUCAGGGUUCCUCUCCUCUCCAUGAACAUUCAAAUGAUGAUAUCGGGGACCAUGAAUCAGAAUAUCACCUGGGGGCUGAAAACAGGACAAAAAGGGAAGCCCCACAUGACCAUCACAGCUCGAAAAAUCACGACAUGCUUUCAGCUGAGAAUCAUAAGGAGCACGGAGAGAACCUUCAUGAACACGAUGAGUGCUUGAACAUCACUCAGCUGCUUCAUUAUUAUGGCAUGAAUUCCAAUUCUCCAAUUUCACCUGAUCAGUUUGCAUAUCUCUGCCCAGCUCUGGUAUAUCAGAUUGAUAGGAGGCUUUGCAUUAAACAUUUUUCGGAUUUGCAAGUGGAGAAUGUGGAGAAGAGUAAAGGCGGAGCUUCCGCCUGGAUCUGCGGCCUGAUCUCAAUCACUGUAAUAAGCUUGCUCUCAUUACUGGGUGUUAUAUUGAUCCCCAUCAUUAACCAAGGCUGCUUCAAGUAUCUUCUCAACUUCCUAGUUGCUUUAGCUGUGGGAACACUCAGCGGAGAUGCCCUGCUUCAUCUGCUACCUCAUUCACAAGGGGGUCAUGACCACGGCACAGAAGCCACUGAUCACGAUCACAAUCAUGAAUCUCUACAUACUGAAGGGCAGUCUUUUUUGAGCGAGUAUGACGGUGUUAUGAAGGGUCUUGUUGCUUUGGGUGGAAUUUAUCUCUUGUUCAUUGUGGAGCACUGCAUGUGGAUGUUUAAACAUUACAAGGAAAGAAUGGGGAAGCGAAAGUGGCUGAAGAGAAAGCAGAAAGUAGAUGAGUCUGCAGUUGGCAGAAAAUUAUCUGAUCACAGCUCAAAUCGGAGGUCGGAUGCUGAAUGGCUUCAGCUAAAACCUUUAGAAGGGAUGCAAGAUUCUGUUGCUUCUGAAAACCAACAACUGAAUCAGACAGAAAUGACAUAUGUAGAAAAUGUUCUGCAGUCCCCAAUGAAAGGUUUUGUUCCAGCGGAUGAAAGAACAGCACAUGUCAACAAUGAUGGCUCCCAUUAUGAUGAUGACCAUAGCCUGCAAGAUGGACAGUAUGAGAAUAAUCACGAAAAGAUGGAGGUGCCAAAGAAACACAAUCAUAACAAACAUUCCCAUCACUCCCAUGGCCACUGCCAUUCUGGAAAAGAUAUGAAGGACACUGGCAUUGCUAGUAUAGCUUGGAUGGUUAUUAUGGGAGAUGGCAUGCAUAACUUCAGUGAUGGCUUAGCCAUAGGUGCUGCAUUCAGUGCUGGGAUAACAGGAGGCAUCAGUACCUCAGUAGCUGUAUUCUGUCAUGAGCUGCCCCAUGAAUUAGGGGACUUUGCUGUUCUCCUGAAGGCUGGCAUGACUGUAAAUCAAGCAAUUGUGUACAAUCUUCUGUCUGCAAUGAUGGCUUACGUAGGGAUGCUCAUUGGAACAGCAGUUGGACAGUAUGCCAAUAAUAUCACCCUUUGGGUUUUUGCCGUUACAGCAGGCAUGUUUCUGUAUGUAGCGCUAGUGGACAUGCUUCCAGAAAUGCUCCACGGAGAUGGGGAACAUGAAGAAAACGGACACUGCGCAAUUGGACAGUUUAUCUUGAAAAACGUGGGACUCCUCCUGGGUUUUACCAUCAUGCUGCUCAUUGCCCUGUAUGAAGAUAAAAUAGUGCUAGACAUUCAGUUCUGAUUCUCCGUUGUACCUUCUGUGAGUCAUUUGUAAAACACAUCUCUGUUGGCUGCUUGCUAUGUACAGACAUUGUUGCAGAACAUCAGACUCGUUCAUGUGACUAGUAUCCAGAAGGUACAGCUACACUUGCUAGUUGUAAGGGGGAACUCUGAAGUGCUUGCCCACAGGCUCCAUAGACAUAUACUGUCACACCACAGGUUUUAUAUCAAGUAAUGGCCCCAGUACAUGGAAACAGUUGGCCAGAGAUGCUUGAGAUAUUGGUUCUUUCCGGCAUAUGUUGCAUUGCUUUCCUUACAUAUGGUACAAGGCUGUUCCCUUUUCUUUCCAAAGGUCUAAUUAUUAUUAUCACUCUCUGGGCAUUAAUAGGUUAGGGCUUAUUAGUUUGAUUAGCAGUGUUAAAGGGUAAGUAAAUCUUGUAUGCAGUAAGUGUCAUGUAUUGUAGUAACACUUGCAAUAUAUGUGCAUGAAUGGUAUUUCUUCUAUUAGCCCUGCAGCAUGACUAUUGGCAGUUGGCAAGUGACAGUUGAAUGGCUGCUAGAAUGAGCAGGGUGCUUGCCACCAAAACAUUCACUUUCUCAAGCUUAGACCGCAGUAGGUUAUCCUAUAGAAACAAGUGUAUGCAAACAGCACAUGCUGCUAAGUUCACAUACAGGGCAACAUACUAGAGAUUCCAUUACAAGCUUUACUGGCCUUUUAAAUACUUUUUUUUAACUCCCUGUUAUGUAUAAUUAGGAGCAUUUCAUGUUUCAUUUUGACGACUUUAUAAACAAGUAUCCUUGGUACUAGCACAAAGUCCAGUUCAUUUAGCAUAUUGUUUUACAUGUAAAGAAUGACUGUAUAGAAUCUGUGCAUAAAGUUGUGUCCAAUGCUCCACAAAGUCCUCCCAGAAGGGGGAACGGGUUCUAAAGUGGGAGCUUCUGCGUAUGCUUUGCUCUUCUGAAUGAUUGGCUUAGGUUUAAACAGGCAUCAUAUAAUGUGCUGCUAAAAAGAAACCUUAAUGCAGGGAUCCCCAACCUUUU